AUGAACCCUCAUCCACCUUCCCAGACAGCCCUCGCCGCAAGCUCAGUUCCAGGGACCGAAACUACUACUGGCCAUAGUCGUUAUAUCCAGAUGCUCUUGCAAGUCCAAGAUAUGCCCUGGGUUUAUAACGUCAUUGCGAGCGUUGCACACUGGGUCCUUCUUGCAGGAUAUCUUGUGGUUCCUGGAACGUUUACGUCGCUGCAAAGGUCCGAUAAGAUCGAACAGGCAUUGGCAGAUAACGGUGCUGGAAAAGCAAUUCUGGGUACAAUCCAAAACCCACCACUUUUGGUUAUUGCGUGUGUGCUCUCCGCCAUGGGCGCUGCGUUGCUUGCCUGGCUUUCCUGGGAAUGGCGAGAAAACUACAUCUGGCUGGUCAGCCGAAUAUUCACACCAGUCGCGAUGAAUGCAGCUGCCGGAUUGGCCACAACAUUGAUCAACAUCUACACUGCGCGGUCGGGUGAUUGGUCUGUUAUGGCAAUAGUCACCACAGUCAUGACGGGAAGCACCCUGCUGGUUUCCUCCCUGUUAGCUGUUGUGUUUAAAUUCUUCAUGCUGAAGAAGAUCGAAGAAGAACACGAACUCGAAGAAGAACACGAGCGUACAAGAGCUCUGACGUCGACAAGUGAUCAUCCAUAA